AUGUCUCGACUUUCCAAACGAUCACGUUCCAGCAACACAGGAAGCCUUACUGAUGCGCUUUCUGCUCUUGAUCAGUCUGAUAAGCUGCUGAAGCAGUUGUCAACUUCUUGCGCUGAUGUGUCCAAUCUUGCAGUAUCGGCUGAUGCCAUGAAUUGUUUUUUGGAACUCAAGUCCUUGCAGACAGUGGUAUUGGAUGAUCUUGAAUCCUCUCAGUCAGAAGCACAUGAUCAGUUGAGAAGAAUCGAGAAGGAAAAGCUGAAGCUAGAAAACUUGUCUUAUCAAAAAAUAGUAAGCGAACAUGCUGUUGCUGAAUAUAACAAGCUGGAAUGGUCGCAACUUGCGAAAUUGUGUUGUGAUGAGAUGGGCAUUGCAGUACCUGAUACAGAAGAGGAAUUGAACAAAACCUUUAAGGAAUUUCUCUCUUCUGAUCCGAAGGAUCCAAAUAGCAGAGGCAAGAUCGCAUUUUGUCUGAAUAAGAAUCUGGAAGAAAGGAAGCAGCUGCAAUCCGAGCUUCAGAUUGCCAGACACAGCGCAGCCACGUCUCAAAGAAGCGUGACGAAGAAGCGAAAGUUAUUGAAGGAGUUACCUAAAAAUUUGCAAGAUAUGGAAAAGGCGAGCUUAUCAUUGCAAGAGUUCUGUCAAACGUCCCUUCAUACCAGUAGGAAGCUUGGAUCUGAGCGUCAAGAAUCCAUGGAGAUGGCUCGUUCUCUCCCAGCUCCAUUAUAUACGCUUCAUCAUCAGCUUCAAUCGUGCUUGGAUGCCAUGCACGCCACGGGCGGAGGGGAGGCAGGCGAUGUACCGUUGUUGGAAAUUACAAGCAAAUCGGAUGGCAUCUUGUUGAGAUUACCAAUCCCCACCGUCUCCAACCAACCCAGCUCGUCAACGGUUGUCUGCACGAAUAUUAAGUUUGAGUAUGAUUCAAAGAUGGAUAUAGUGACGGCACGCUCCAGUAGCGAGCAUGGAAUGGGAGAAUUAAUUGGCGAGCUCUUCCCGGGGGACACAGGAGCUUGGGAUAUUGUCAACAACAAGAGCGACAAGGCGUCGUACAGUUGGUGUAACUAUUUGGGAGGUCUACACGCUUCUCCCGGCGAACGAAAUUUGUCAGAGAUGCACCUUUCGACAAAGGUGGUGGUUCGAUCAUUGCUUCGACGCGUACGAGCCAUGGCAUCGUUGAAACAUAUCCUAGCGAUUCUAUCGAAGAAGGAGCCACAAAAGCAUGCUAACAGUGGCAUGCCUACCAGAGCACUAUCCAAAGUGUUGGCAAGACUGUCCAAUUGGACCGAGGAAGAUGAUGAACAUGGGAUUAGAACCGUUUCUGCACAGAUGGUAACAAAUUCGAUUCCAUUGUCGCUUCAGGUUAGCAUCAACCUACGGAGGUAUCCUGCAGUACCUCCUGAGUUCAAAAUUUCACUCGGAGAAGAAAGCAACCAACAACAUGAUGAACAGCUGGCAGAACUUGAGCGCCGUAUAAAUCAAGAUGUCGACAAACUGGUGCCAGGAACUGACGAAGCUGCCUGUGAUUGGAUUCUAUUCUACCAAUUCAAUUCCGUGGUCGAAUCACCAUAA